AUGAGGAGGUCAGGUGGAGAGAUGCUGGUGGUCUCCCAUGGCAGGGAGAAGGUGCAGGGCUCCAGGGAGCAGCCGGAGUGGACACGCGGGCAUCGCCUGCCUCAGCACCCCUGCCCCAGCGCUGCCAGGAGCCUCGGGGGCACAUCCAGCACCCGUCCUGACUGCACCGGCACCCAACCCGGACCUGGUGGCACCAUCAUGUCCCAGGCAGAAGGAGAUGAAACCUUUGAAUACUGCGAUGUGGUCAUCAACAGCCAGGAGAAGGUUUUGGAUGUGUACACGCAGCUGGAGAAACUGGGGGAGGGAAAAUUUGGCACAGUGUACCGGCUGCAGGAAAAAGCCACUGGCAAAAUCCGAGCUGGGAAAUAUUUCCGGACGCGGACAGCUAAAGAGAAGCAGGCAGCUCAGGCCGAGGUGGAGCUCAUGAACCUGCUGCAUCACCCGCGCCUCGUGCAGUGCCUCGCCGCCUUCCAGGGUCCCACCGAGCUGGUGAUGGUGAUGGAGUACGUGGCAGGCGGGGAGCUCUUUGAGCGCAUUGUGGACGAUGACUUUGAGCACACGGAGCCCAGCAGCACCCAGUACCUGCGGCAGAUCCUGGAGGGACUGCAGUUCAUCCACUGGCUCAAGAUCAUCGACUUCGGCUUGGCGCGGAAGCUGGCUCCAGACACCCCCGUGAAGGUGUUGCAUGGCACCCCUGAGUUCAUGGCUCCAGAAGUGGUCGCCUUUGAGCCCGUGGACUUCUUCACGGACAUGUGGAGUGUUGGUGUCAUCUGCUACAUCCUGCUGAGCGGGGAGUCCCCGUUCCAGGGUGACAAUGACAUGGAGACGCUGAGCAACAUCACAGCUGCCCGGUGGGACUUUGAGGAGGAGACCUUCUCAGAGAUCUCCCAGCAAGCCAAGGAAUUCAUCAGCCAACUGCUGCAGAAGGACCCACG